AUGGCACCUUCGAGUAUGUCUCCUGUAUAUCAAAUUCCAGGGUCUAUUGCUAACCCAGGGAUUGGAGAUACAGGAUACAAACCUAUUUAUCAAUGGGAGGAUUUGAAACAAAAGUCAAUAACAAAUCUCCCUGCUGCUCCAACUACAACAACCACAGUGUUGAAUCCUGAUAAUUCUGGAGAGAUUCAGUUGGUUACUAAGCAGUUAAAGCCACAAGAAAUGGAUGCCAUAGUUAGAGAAAUAGGGCAGGUCCCUCAGCAGGAUAUCAAUCGCUUUUUGCCAUGGUUUUGUGGAUUUCAAAGAGUGAAAGAGAUGUAUAGUUUGAUAACUAGUGAUAUGGAGAUAGUGCUGCAGAGAGUUGAUAGAAAUGGAUUGUGGGUCAGGAUUGUACAGACAUGUGGUCAGCCGCAUGGAACUAGGGAUAUGUUGAAAGAGAUCUUGAGAGCACUUUAUGGAGUUACAUCAAAUGUGUCAUUGUCUGGAAAAAUUAAACAGCUAAAACAAGACUCUCCGUAUGAAUUGUCAGCCAGAAUCUCCACAGUGAUGGAACAGUUUGGGGUCAGUAAUCCUGGUUUUGAACAGGGAGGGCUGGUGCAUAGAUCAAGGUUUUUGGAUGCAUUAGAUAUUAUAUGA